UGGGUCUUCCAAGGCCAGUGAAUCCAGCCCGUGGGCCCGCAAGAAAGACUUGCCGCGGCAACACCAUGUCCGUUCGCUCCCUGAUUCCUCCUGCAACUCCAAUCGAAAGCCUCGAGGGACGUCUGCCGUGAAUGCCUCUGCGGGAUUCCCAAAGCUCAGUUCCUCCCCUCUAUCACAUGCAAUCCUGGUUCACCACACCACCAUGGAUGCAGCCAACGCCAUGGGCUCGAGUGCCAGCAGCGCCGCCGCUGCGAUGACCAGCGCGGUUGGAGCUCUGAAUGGCUCUGGUAUCGCUGUGCAGUCCGUCGAAGCAGCCCACGUCUCAACAUUUGGCCUUCUCGGUCGUGUAAUCCUAACCAUAGUGCGUGUGAUUCCCGGCCUUCUCUACUGGAUUAUCACCUUCACGACCAUUACUCUUCCAACAUGGCUCUUUACACUCUUUUCCACGACAUUAACGUUCACUAUGAAUUUCACGACCCUAAUGCUUAUACUUUUGCUCAUCGCGUCGACUGUGAGCUACCUAGUACGAUAUCGCUUCAUGACAAUGUACCCGAAAUUACCGUCCGAACCUCAGCGCGAAAAUCCUCAAGUCGAAGUCUUUCCAGACACCCAGGAAGGGGAUUCCAAGAGGCUCUCCAACUACCUCGACGAGUUCCUCAGUGCGAUCAAAGUGUUUGGGUAUCUGGAGAGACCCGUCUUCCACGAGCUUACCCGUACAAUGCAAACUCGUAAAAUGAUAGCAGGAGAAACGCUGCUUCUGGAAGAGGAGAAAGGGUUCUGUCUCGUAGUGGACGGAGAGGUGCAGAUCUUUGUAAAGUCUAGCCGGGAGGGGCCGGAUUCUGAGGAGGAGGAUGAUGUCUCCGAAGGCUCUUCCAGAUCCACGAGGAGGCAUGAUACGCACAGUCAGGGCUACCAGCUCCUUACUGAGGUCAAGAACGGUGCCCCUAUGUCGUCCUUGUUUUCUAUUCUCUCACUCUUCACCGAAGACAUUCAACUCCGCCAUGAAGAUGAGGACGACCUCGGAGCCGGUUCGAGCGUACCAGAUACCCCUUUCGAACUCGAACGACAGACUCGCCCUUUCAUGACGCGUAAUAGCAGCUUUGCCUUGGACGACUCCCGUCCAGCGACUCCGAACAAUAACCUCGCCGAAUAUCCAACGGCCUCACUACCACGCCGAAGUACAUCUGGUCUCGCCAGCCCGACUGCGGGAGGUCGCCUUUCGAGCGUGCCUCCCUUGGCCUUGGACACCGAAGAGCCGCUUGCAAACAGGCGGGCAACUAUGCCGCCUCCAAGACCUCGAUUGGCGCGCUCCAGGUCGACGAAGCGCAAGUCGGCCCACCCUGAUAUAGUCGCUAGGGCAACUGUGGAUACCACAAUUGCCGUCAUACCCGCUUCUGCAUUCCGUCGUUUGACCCGAGUCUACCCCAGGGCUACAGCACACAUCGUGCAGGUGAUAUUGACGCGACUGCAGCGUGUGACAUUAGCGACAAGCCAUGCGUAUCUAGGACUCACGAGCGAAGUCUUGCGCACUGAAAAGCUCAUGAACAAGUACACCACAUACGACCUGCCUGGAUUCCUUCGCGGCGGUCCUUUGGAAAGACUGAAAGAGAAGUUUGCGGACGAACGUGAGCGAAUCGGACCUGAAGAGGGCAUCAAAGGCAUAGCGCUUCACAAGGCCGGAGUGGGCCGACGACGAAAAUCUGGAGCUUCCCUUAGGAAAGGCGUCGUCACACAUGCAAGCCUUGCUGCAGCACGGGGAACUCCGGUAGAUAUCGAUAAUGAGAUUCGCGAUCGCCGUCUCACAUCAGAAACCGAUCGGACAGAACGACUUAGCGCAGGGGAUCUUCUCACUAACACUCAGCUUCCAAGAGGGAAUACACGGCAAGGUCGCUAUAGCUUCUCCCAGCCGUAUCAACACGAACACCGUCGGGACGCGCGGUCGCCUUUGGAUUCGGGUAGAUCCAACCCUUUUGCUUCUCCGCUGAAUAGGCCCGCAGGGCUACAUAGGCAGGAAUCCGUGGACGAGGCUACGAGAUUUCGGGAGUCUGUUCUCGAGUGCAUGUUCAAGGCUAUCGGUUUGACCGAUCUGGAUAACCCUAUGCCCAAACCAUCGGCAUCCGUUGAGCAGUCUCCUCGUCUUGUUACCUUCGAUGCCAGACGUCAAAAAGCCAUCUUCUCUAACGCUUUCGGUUUUAUCGAUCCUUACGAAUCGCUUCGAGGCGCAGAUACAGAGUCCAUGAUGUCUGCAUCCGCAGUCUCGUCAGCAAGCGCGAAUGGCAACCGGAAUAUCCUGGAAGAGCUCGUGAACGACGUCGAAAUUGUCUUCUUCCCCAAAGAUUCCGUACUUGUCGAGCAGGGUGAGAGGAACCCCGGCCUCUACUAUGUCAUCGAUGGAUUCCUUGACGUGAGUGUGCCAGUUGACGAAGAACACACGGAGCACAAUGCUCUAGGGACCCUUCCUCGCACUCCGGGAAUCGACGAGUCCGAAUUGUUCUCUGGACCUCUUUUCGGAAACAGAACUAGUUCAGCCGCACGUCAUGGGGACAACAUUAAGAAGAAGAAGAAGACGAGGAAGAGUCUCUUUCUGACUAAGCCAGGAGGGCUGGCAGGAUACUUGGGGUCCAUAUCAUCGUACAGAUCUUUCAUCGAUGUCACCGCGAAGACCGAUGUAUAUGUCGGCUUCCUACCACGUGCGUCCAUAGAGAGGAUUGUCGACCGAUACCCAGUUGUGCUUCUUACCAUGGCAAAGCGCCUUACGACGCUAUUGCCACGCUUGAUUCUUCAUAUUGACUUCGCCCUGGAGUGGGUACAGGUUAACGCCGGACAAAUCCUAUAUAAUCAGGGCGACGAAAGUGAUGCGAUAUACAUCGUUCUAAACGGUCGGUUAAGAGCGAUUCAAGAUGGUAAUAACAAUGACAUGAAGGUCAUCGGUGAAUACGGCCAAGGAGAUAGCGUAGGAGAGCUAGAGGUCUUGACAGAGUCGGUCCGUCCAGGAUCCCUCCAUGCGAUUCGUGACACCGAGGUCGCCAAGUUUCCAAAGACGCUCUUCAACAGUCUCGCCUUGGAACAUCCGGGCAUCACAAUCCAGAUUUCGAAAAUCAUCGCUUCGCGGAUGCGAGCAUUGAUUGACGAUCCCUUACACGAGCAAGGGAAAGACCGCGGUGUCAAACUUUCCCGGAGUAAGGUGUCUUCUACGGUCAACCUCCGUACUGUCGCCAUCCUGCCUGUUACCGCUGGCAUACCUGUCACGGAAUUCGCCGGUCGUUUGAUGCACGCCCUGAACCAGAUUGGCGCGCAGAAUGGGGUUGUAUCCCUGAAUCAAGCCGCAAUCUUGAAUCAUCUGGGGCGACAUGCCUUCAACAAGAUGGGAAAGCUAAAGCUGUCGCAAUAUCUUGCCGACCUGGAAGAGAAGUAUGGGCUCGUCCUUUAUGUCGCUGACACGACCGUCAAAUCGCCCUGGACCCAGACGUGCAUCAGCCAGGCGGACUGCAUAUUACUGAUUGGGCAAGCCGAGGCCUCACCUCAAAUUGGCGAGUAUGAGCGUUUUCUUCUGACUACCAAGACGACGGCCCGCAAGGAACUCGUACUUUUGCACACGGAAAGGUACUGCCAGCCUGGUGUGACUCGCAAGUGGCUUCGCGAUCGUCCAUGGGUAAAUGGGGGCCACCAUCACAUCCAGAUGUCGUUCCGGACUGGGGAUGAGCCCGUCCAUCCAGCUGGACGCCGUUUCGGAACAGCCCUCAAGCAGCGGGUGCAAGUUCUGCAAGCCGAAAUCCAGAAAUAUACGUCUCGUAGGGUCAGACAGACUCCGCUGUAUUCGGCAGAAACACCGUUCAAGGGAGACUUCCAUCGCCUCGCUCGACGACUGUGUGGUAAGUCCGUUGGACUCGUGCUUGGAGGCGGAGGCGCACGUGGCAUCGCACACAUUGGCGUUAUUCGCGCCCUCGAAGAAGCCGGAAUUCCUAUUGACCUUGUUGGAGGCACUUCGAUAGGCGCCUUUAUCGGAGCUUUGUAUGCUUGGGACGCGGACGUCGUACCUAUGUACGGGAGGGCGAAGAAAUUCGCCAGCCGCAUGGGCAGCAUGUGGAGGUUCGCUCUGGAUCUAACAUAUCCCUCCGCAUCCUACACAACGGGCCACGAGUUCAACCGCGGCAUCUUCAAAACCUUUGGCAACGCACAAAUGGAGGACUUCUGGCUGGAAUUCUACUGCAACACCACAAACAUUAGCAAAUCGCGCUCUGAGAUCCACACCUCUGGUUACGUCUGGCGCUAUGUGCGGGCUUCCAUGUCUCUGGCGGGCUUGCUCCCGCCCCUCUGCGACAAUGGUUCCAUGCUCCUUGAUGGCGGAUACAUUGACAAUUUGACGGUGACGCAUAUGAAGAGUCUGGGCGCGGAUGCCAUUUUCGCAGUGGAUGUCGGAAGCCUGGAUGACGAUACGCCGCAAUCCUUCGGCGACUCGCUGUCGGGCUUCUGGGCGUUGGUCAAUCGGUGGAAUCCCUUCUCCUCGUACCCAAACCCUCCGACCCUCAGUGAGAUUCAAUCCCGCCUCGCCUACGUCAGUAGCUACGAUGCCCUGGAGCGAGCGAAGAAUACCCCUGGGGUGCGGUACAUGCGGCCCCCGAUCGACGGCUACGGCACCCUGGAUUUCGCAAAGUUCGACGAGAUUUACCGGGUCGGGUACGAGUACGGGAAGGCGUUCCUGGGCGAGCUGAGGGAGAAGGGCGGGAUGCCGGUUAAGGAGGAGAGUGAGAGGGAGAAGGAUUUGAGAAGGACGAUGGCGCCGCGGAGGGCGAGUAUAUAGGGGUGAAUUGGGUGUGUUGGAGCAGUGGAGCGGGGAGUGUGUGGGUUGGGUCAGGAGGUUUGGUUGUCCGAAGGCACCCAUUGACGCGAGCGGGUAGAUUAUUGAGCAUAACAAUAAGCAGCAGCAAGCUACAUUGAGCGGUAGCGCCACGAAUAUUGAUUACCAC